AUGGCAGCUCUGCUGUCCCUUUUGCACCUGGCUUGUUCUUUACAUGCAAAUCCUCCCCAGUCUUGCCCUACGUCUUGCCUCUGCUAUGAUUCUUCUAACCUAGUUGAGUGCAGAGGACUGGAACUUCCCAUAGUUCCUCAACACCUUCCUCAUAGCACCUGGAUGUUGGACCUUCGUUACAACAACCUCAGCCGACUCGAGCCCACCUCAUUCCAAGCUUUGUGGUCACUCCGUAUCCUUCUGUUGUCUGACAAUAUAAUCGAGGUUGUGUCUGCAAGAACGUUCCGCUCUCUUGGCUUCCUGGAACGAUUAGAUCUUUCAAGUAACCUCCUCAGCAGCCUACCUCUUGACUUCUCCAGAGGUCUGGGUUCUUUACAAGAACUGAGAGUCCCUUCCAACAGGUUGACUGCCCUUAAUUAUGAGAGUCUCAGACAUCUGGAGAGCCUGGAGAAGCUGGAUCUGAGCAGGAACUACAUAAGUACUAUAGAACAAGGGGCCUUUCGUGGACUUUCAAGACUACGCCACCUUCUUCUCCAAUCCAACCUUCUGGAUUCAGUAAGAGGUGGUUAUUUCUUUAUGCUGCAGAACUUAGAACUUCUGGACCUUUCAGAUAAUAACAUCAGCAGCAUAGCAGUUGAGUCCUUCACUUCUUUGCACUCAUUACGACUACUGGCACUUUCAGAUAACCAACUAAGUCACCUCAAGUUCAAGACUUUUCUCAAUCUCCAGACCCCUAGUACACACAUUCAAGUAUCUGGAAACCCCUGGGUGUGUGACUGUGACUUGCAGAGAGUGUUUGGAAAGAUAAACAGUGUUAGGCACCUUCACAUAGAUGACUAUGACAACCUGACUUGUGAGGGACCAUCACAGCUCUCUGGAGCAGCUCUGGCCUCAGUGGACAACCAACUAUGUGUAGCCGAGACUGCCACUGUAUUGGUCAUUACCAUCACCGUCCUGGUAACGGUAAUUGCUGCCAUUGUGAUGGCUGAGAGGAACCGCAAGAAAAAUCAAGAUAAGAACUGGAAUGAUUCAGAUGGCCCAUUUGAAACACAGGACAAGUGA